AUGUCAGAGCAGACCCCGCCCAAGGGUGAAACUCUGAAACCGACAGGUAGCCCGCGGACACCACGUGGAGGCCGGUUGAGAGACCGAGUUAACUUUUUCGAAAACAUUUGGAGCCAGGGCCGCAGCGCGAGCUCGGAAGACCUUGUGGAAAGGUCCGAUUCUCCGGUCCAAAGGAGAUCCUCAUCAAGGACAAGCGACAGCUCCUUCGAAGAAUCCUUCGAACGGCUGGUAGAAGAGGGGGAGUUGAAUGGCGCGAAAGUUGUUAAAUUUGAAAAGAUAACUGUGAGGAGAAGUGUGAAAGAAGUUAUUUCCUCGAGAUCGGGGUUGUCGGAGGCCAGCAGAACUCCUAGCGAGGAACAGGCGCUCGAUUCCGCGUACCAGAGCCAUGGGUAUCAAGGAAGCAAAUCCAGUUCUGUGGGAUCCUUUACCAAGUUUCCCUCCGAGGAAAAUUUGGGGAGAGAAAGCCCUCAGGAUGAUGACAAGGGCCCGAGUGAGUGGUACGCGGAGUACAGGAACCAGAGCUUCCAACAUGUCACGUCGAAAAGAGAGUAUGUGAGAAGUCGGAGCGAGUUUGAUGCUCACAUUGCGGAAAUUAAAGGUUUGAGCACUGAUUUUUUAGAGGCUAAUGCUUAUUAUAUUGUGGUGGGAUGA